AUGUCCGCCCUGUUCGACUUCAAAUCCUUCGUCUCCACGCUCGCUCUCUUCGUCUGCGCCUGCACGUACGUCAAACUUCGCGCCCCUGGGUUGAUCGAUUCACAUCGCACUGGCUUCCGAGGCGUCUUCUGGAAAGCCGCGCGCGUGGGCGAGCGAUUAUCGCCCUUCGUCAGCGCCCUGUGCGCGUACAUGGCGGUGCAGACGUUGUUCGGGUGA